AUGUCUGAUUGUCAACGAUUCUGUUUCUUGGUUUGCCCUUUCGCCUCGGCGUUCUGCGAUACAGAUGACGGAAUCUUGCGAUUCUAUUUGCGUGGACGUGCGAUCAAUGUGUAUUUACCCUCGGCUGUUAUGUCACACUACGAUCUGAACACUCCGAUACCGCCACCGGAAGCUACAUUGAAACUAGAAUGGACCUACGGUUACCGCGGUCGAGAUUGUCGUAACAAUCUUUACUAUUUACCGACGGGAGAAAUCAUCUACUUUGUCGCAGCCACCGUGGUUCUGUACAAUAUCGAGGAACAAUGUCAGCGACACUAUUUGGAACACACAGACGAUGUCAAAUGCAUUGCUAUUCAUCCGGACCGGAUCACAGUUGCUACGGGUCAAGUGGCUGGACAUCACAAGGAUCAAGGCAAACCUCAUGUGCGUAUCUGGAGCUCCGUGGAUUUGCGCACCCUCCGCGUACUUGGUUUGGGUGAUUUCGACCGUGGUGUGUGUUGUGUCUCGUUUUCGAAGACAGAUGGUGGUGCGCGUCUUUGCGUCGUCGAUGAUGCCCAAGAUCAUGUACUCUCUGUGUGGGAAUGGCAAAAAGCUCGCAAAAUCACGGAUACUAAAUGUUCCGGGGAUCCGGUUGUCGCGGCCGAUUUUCACCCCUUGGACGAGUCUACGAUUGUACUGUGCGGAAAAAAUAUGCUCGCAUUUUGGACACUUGAGGGCUCCACGCUGAAUCGGAAAAUGGCCCUGUUUGAGACGGGCAAAGUUACGUGUGAGAAACCGAAAUUCGUUCUGUGCAUGGCUUUCGCUGAGAAUGGAGAUCUGAUCACAGGGGAUUCGUCCGGGAACAUUUUAGUCUGGAGACGUGGCACGAAUACAAUCAGCCAAAUCUGUCAAUCUGUCCACGAGGGUGGCAUUUUCUCCCUGUGUGUCACACAAGACGGUCAUCUGAUAUCUGGUGGGGGCAAAGACAAGCGUAUUGUGUUCUUCGAUGCCGCGUUGAAUCCGACCGGAGAGGUGAAAGAGUUACCCGAAUUGCACGGAUCUGUCCGAACCAUUACUCAGGGCCCGGGCGAAAUGCUGCUCAUAGGCACGACAAAGAAUACAAUUCUACAGACCGGUCCCAAUGUUGAGUUCAGUGCCCUGAUGUUUGGUCACUCGGACGAAUUCUGGGCCCUGGCUCGUCAUCCUCACUCGCAUCAGUUUCUCACUGCUGGACAAGAUCGUCUUGUUAUUCUGUGGGAUGCCUUGUCCAAACAAACUGUUUGGGCCAAAGAGUUGAACGAUUCCAUUCAUUGUGCUGCUUUCUACCCGAACCGCACGGACGGAAUGGUGUUCGGUUAUGGGUCCAACAUGCCCAAUGGGGAUUUGAACUUGGCCAGUCCGAGUGCGCCCGGCGUUUCCGGGGUCAGUCCAUCCGGUCUGGGGAGUGGAGAGCCGGUGAUUGCAUUGGGCACUACCUCGGGUCGAUGGCUUGUGAUUGAUGCUUUGCGUCAUGAAAUCAUUGCCGCGCAUUCGGACGGAAUCGGGGAACAAAUAGAGUGCAUCGCUUAUUCUCCCGACGGUUAUUACCUGGCCCUUGGAUCCCGGGAUAAUGGGAUCUAUGUGUAUCAUGUGCUGGAACAAGGUCGCAAAUACAACCGUGUUGGUCGAUGCUCCGGCCAUUCGAGUUUCGUGCUUCAUAUCGAUUGGUCCACGGACGGGCGCUAUUUACGCUCGGUGUCUGGUGACUACGAGCUCUUGUUCUGGACGGCGCACGAUUGUCGUCAGGUUGUCUCCCCAAGCACUCUACGGGAUUUGGAUUGGGCCAGUCAGACUUGCACUCUGGGCUAUAUGGUCAGUGGAAUAUGGCCCGAGAAUGCAGACGGUACGGAUGUAAAUGCUUGUGCCAGUGAUCCAACAUUCGACCUUCUGGCUACAGCGGAUGAUCAUGGCAAAGUCAAAUUGUUCCGUUGUCCAGCAGACAAACCCAAGACCGAAUUUCACACCUACUCGGGUCAUUCAAGUCACGUGACCAAUGUGGCUUUUCUGUUCGAUGGCUCUCGCCUCAUGUCCGCAGGCGGAAAAGAUACGGCUGUGUUGCAAUGGGAAGUAUGCACCUAA